ACACUCCACUCUGGCCCGCCGCCCGGCACCGGCCAUCCCCCGAGCAAGAGGGCCCGGGGCUUCCCCGCGACCACCCCUCUGGACCCCGAAGACCCGUUCGGUGCGCACGGGGAACUCACUGAAGACGACCUGGAGGAGCUCGACAUCCUGGCGUCCCAAGCCAUGAGCCAGUGCCCCGUCGCGGCGCGGGACCUGUCCACUGUUCAUAAGGUCCGCAGAUUAGAUGGGAUGUCAAAAAGUCCUGCAGGGAGGAACAGAGAAAAUGCUUCAGUGAAAGAUAACUUCGAACUAGAGGUACUUCAAACACAAUACAAAGAACUUAAGGAAAAGCUGAAGGUGAUGGAAGAAGAAAUCCUCAUUAAGAACGGAGAAAUUAAAAUCUUGCGGGACUCAUUGUAUCAGUCAGAAUCCAUUCUGGAAGAACAGAAACGAUCACAUUUCCUUCUUGAACAAGAGAAAACCCAAACACUCAGUGACAAAGAAAAAGAAUUCUCCAGAAAGCUACAAUCAUUGCAGUCUGAGCUCCAGUUUAAAGAUGCAGAAAUGAAUGAAUUAAGGGCAAAGCUUGAGAGCAGUGAACGGGUGAAUAAACUGGCCGCUCCCUCCAUUCCCCAUGUCAGUCCUAGGAAAAACCUUUCUGUGGUUGUAAGACCCGAAGCAUGUUCCUCACAGUUUGGAAAAACAUCUUUUCCUACAAAGGAGUCUUUUAGUGCUAACAUGUCCUUUCCCCAACCCUGCCAGACAGAGCCAGGAUGCAAGUCUCUGCUCAACAGAGAGGAUAAUAAGACCCACAGUCUGAGAAGUAGUCCUGUAAAGCAAGAAGAGGUACAGAAAAGUCUUACUGGCAGCUGGAUGCAGAAAUCAAACACUGAAGGUUCCAUUUUGAUAAGCCUACUGCUGAAGCAGCCUUUGAUCUCAGGGUCAACUGUAGGUCUUUGCCACCUCCUGAGCAGUUGUUCUGAGGCUCCUACUGGCAACUUCUUGCAGCCUCUGGGGCUUGGCAGUAUCUUGGCUGUGAUUUCAGGCCUCAGAACCACAGGUUCUCGCAGUGGGGCAUUUUCCCCCUCAUCCCUGAGAGAAGCACAGAACCUGGCAUUCACUGGACUGAAUCUGAUUGCCAGGAAUGAAGGCUCAUGUGAUGGAGACCCAGCAGAGGGAGCCAGAAGGGCCUUCCCACUCUGCCAGCUUCCUGGAGCCGUGCACCUCCUUCCCCUCAUACAGUUCUUCAUUGGCCUACACUGCCAGGCUUUGCAGGAGUUAGCAGUGGCUAAGAGGAGUGGAGCAUCUGGGGACUCACCAACACAUACCUCCUGUGUGGGCUCCGGGGUGGAGGCCAACCCUGAGGACUUGAUUUGCAACCUGGAAGGCUUCUCUGUGGCUUCACUUAGCAUUCUUCAGCACCUGGUGUGCCACAGCGGAGCAGUCGUCUGCCUAUUACUGUCUGAAGUGGAGGCAGAUGCUUCUUCUGGGGAAGGAAACGGAAGCCUGGUUCACAGACAGACUUGUGGAGAUAUUAUCUCAGCCCCUACGAAGGCUGCCGAAGACCAAGGACAGCAUCCACUUUUGAAGAUGCUUCUUCACCUGUUGGCUUUCUCUUCCGCAGCAGGAGGUCACCUUCAAGCCAGUGUCCUGAGCCAGUGUCUCAAGGUUUUGGUGAAAUUAGCUGAAAAUGCUUCCUCUGAUUUCUUGCCCAGGUUCCACUGUGUGUUGCCAGUGCUGCCACGGUUCCUCAGCCCAGAGACACCCCUGCCUUGUGUGCUGCUGACAGUUGAGCUGCUCUCUCUCCUGGUGGACCACGAGGGCCUGGCAUCGCAGCUCUGUUCCCACUCGGAAGGCUGCCUCCUCCUCCUGCUGUACAUGUACAUCACUUCAAGGCCUGACAAGGGCGCCUCAGAGACACAGUGGCUUCAGCUGGAACAGGAGGUGGUGUGGCUGCUGUCCAAGCUGGGUGUGCAGAGCUCUUCCUCCCCAGUCACUGGCUCUGAUUGCCAGUGCAAUGUAGAGGUGGUCAGAGCUCUCACAGUGAUGCUGCACCGACAGUGGCUGACUGUGCGGAGGGCAGGGGGGUCCCCAAAGACUGAGCAGCAGAAGCGGACCGUACGCUGCCUGCGUGACACGGUACUGCUGCUGCACAGCCUGUCCCAGAAAGACAAGCUCUUCACUGUGCACUGUGUGGAAGUCCUGCAUCAGUAUGACCAGGUGAUGCCUGGGGUCAGCACACUGAUUCGAGGGCUCCCAGAUGUGAUGGACUGUGAAGAGGCAGCCCUGGAUGACCUCUGUGGCAUGGAGACUGAUGUGGAGGACGCUGAGAUGGACUGUGGCUGAGGUCCUUCACACCCAGCCAUAUGGUGGCACCAGCACCUUUGCUUUUCUCACCUCACGCACUGAUUAAAAUUAGGGACCAAGCAUUGUGGUACAUGCCAGUAAUCCCAGAACUUGGGAGAAUGAGGCAGGAGGAUUACCAUGAGCUGGCCCAAACAUCAG